AUGUCCGCUUCUGUUCCCGUCGACGACAUGGACGACAUUUACGGCACCCCGUCCGCCAACACCACCCCCGCCCUCCACACUGCCCAAGCAACCAGUUACGUCGAUGCAAAGCAGCUCCCCUCGACUCAGUCGCACGUCGCUGGCAUCCCUGGCCUGGGCUCUUUCCCCUCUGCCGCUUCAUCUAGUCUGUCUCAACCACAGUCUGAACAACCUCAAGAAGCUGCCCAGCCAGAGAUCGUCAAAGUCCAAGAAGAGACCAUUGUGAACCCUCUUCCCGAAAACCAGUCCCUCGAAGUCCUUGUUGAACAGCCCGUUGCUGCUGUCAUCCCUGCCGAAGCUGCCGUCGAGACUAAAGCCGAGCCUGUUCCUGCGCAAACCGCGCGCCCCGAUGCCACCUCCGCUCUGUUCGAUGCUCUCGGUAACAACGACGAGCUAAACAAGAACCUCCCCACACCCGUCAAGAACGAGCCCGAAUCAACUCCGGCAUCCGCAUCUGCUGCCGAACCUGAGACCGCCUCGGUACCUACAAAGCCCCCUGUCGACCCCGAGUUCCUCGAAGCCGCCGCAGCACAGAAGGGCGCUGAAGGUGCCGAGUGGCAGUACGACUCAUCUGAUGCCGAGUCUUCCGACGAUUCCUCUAGCAGCGACGACUCUUCGAGCGAUGAAGACAGUGAUGAGGAGGGAUACGAAUUGCUCGACCCAGCCACGGCUGCACGUAUGCUUAUGGAAGAAGGUGGCAUGGACGAUGAGGAUGGUGGUAGCAAGGCUGCUAGUGGAAGUCAACUUCGCACCAAGAACGAGGUGCCAGAAGAGAUCAUCCCCAAGCCGGAUGUCACCGUCACCCCCGACAUGAAGAUCACACCCCUGGGUGCCGUUCAGCACGUCGUCGACACACUGAUUCUCAUCAAGGCUUUUACGUCUGGAGAGUAUCAAGUUCUGGAGUCUGGUUCCGUCUUGUGUCUGGAGAACCGCGAGGUCAUUGGAGCCGUUCAGGACACCAUUGGCAAGGUCGAAGAGCCCUUGUACUCGGUUGCCUUCACCAGACCCUCCGACAUCUCGGAUCUCAACAUCGUUACAGACACCAAGAUCUUCUACGUUGAUUCACACUCAACGUAUGUCUUCACACAGCCCCUCAAGAACCUCAAGGGUACCGACGCCUCAAACCUCCACGACGAGGAAGUCGCAGAUGAAGAGAUGGAGUUCUCUGACGACGAGGCCGAGGCUGCCUACAAAAGAGCUAAGAAGGAAGCCAAGAAGGGCGCAAGAGCUGCUCGCGACCAGACCAACCAGGCACCUGCCCCCAAGCCUUACACUGGUGGAGCCAUGAACUACGACGACGAGCCUGAAGCCGAGGAAAUGUACACACCUCUUGCCCGUCCUGAUAACCUGCAAGACAUGAUGGCCAAUGGAGCACCCCCAGCUCGUCGUCAGUUUGCCGAACGUGGCGGCAGAGGUCGUGGUAGAGGUCGCGGCGGUGAUAGAGGUCGUGGCGAUCGUGGCAGAGGCGGUCGUGGUGGUGGCCGUGGUGGUGCCGACAAUGCAAACCAGCGCAAGGGUCCCUCCAACUCAUACCCUGAUACACACAACGCUGGUGCGCAAGCCUACGCCCAGCAACUCCCGCAGAAACCUGCCGGUCAAUCGCCUUUCCCUAACAUGCAGUUUGCAUGGCCACCCAACCCUCAGUUCUUCAAUCAAGGUCAGCAACAGCAGUCCUACAAUCAGGGUCAGCAGCAGCAGCCUUACCAGUUCCCUGGAGCACCUGCAGGUGCAUUCGUCAACCCUGCUUUCUUCCAACAGCAGCAGCAAAUGCAACAGCCACAGCAGCCACAGCAGCAGGCUCCCGCAGCAUCAGCUCAGAACGGUGGCCCUUCGCCCGAGGCAAUUCAGGCAGCCGCCGACCUCUGGCGCAGACUUCAGCAGCAGCAACAGUAG